AUGUCGUUGAAACAGGAGAUUGAGACCUGGGUCGCGGCCCUGGGCCGUUACGACAAUAAUGAGUUCGACGAAGCUCUUGCCGAGUUCGACAAGAUUGGCGAUACGAGCAAGAUUCUCUUCAACAUGGGCGUCAUCCACGCCACUCUGGGCGAGCACGAGAAAGCUGUCGAGUGUUACCAACGAGCCAUCCGAUUAGAUCAGUACCUGGCCGUCGCCUACUUUCAACAGGGUGUGUCCAACUUUCUGCUGGGCGAUUUCGAAGAGGCCCUGGCCAACUUCAACGACACGCUGCUGUAUCUGCGAGGCAACAGCGUGAUCGACUAUGCCCAGCUUGGUCUUCUCUUCAAACUGUACUCGUGCGAGGUCCUGUUCAACCGAGGGUUAUGCUACAUCUAUCUGCAGCAGAAGGAGGCGGGCAUGCAGGAUUUGGCGUAUGCUGUCAAGGAAAAGGUCGUUGAAGACCACAACGUCAUUGACGAGGCCAUUCGUGAGGAAGCAGAGGGCUACACUGUAUUCUCCAUUCCCGUUGGAGUCGUAUAUCGACCAAACGAAGCCAAGGUCCGCAAUCUGAAGACCAAGGACUACCUUGGCAAGGCUAAGCUGGUUGCUGCCUCGGAUCGAUCCAAUGCAUUCACAGGAUUCGCUGGUUCCGAGAUCAAAAAUGCCUUGACCGAAGCAAAAGACGACCGACCGACCGAAAACCUGUCCUUCGCGGCGACAAAUCUGGUCAAGCCUGGCCUUCAGUCACGACGACAGCAGUCCGAGCCGCCGACCGAUCGCAGCAAUGCAUUUCCCCCCACACCUCCUCCGGAGAACGAUCGGUCCAACCGGGGUCCUUCCGAACGGAACUCUGGAGGGAGAGGGAAGCUCAGCAUCCAGACGCAAGAGCCCAGCCGGAAAUAUGAAAAGGCAAUUUCGCCGCAAGAACGCGCCAGGCAUGGGCGGUCGGCAUCUGCUGCCCCUGCGAGAGGCAUCUCGACAAGAGAUCCCCAGCGUAGGCAGAGGCCUAUUGAAGAGGAUUCCCCCUACGGCGAUGAAUACGAUCCGUACGCCGUUGGCCCACGAGGAAGCAAGGGGUCUCGAUCACGGCAACAGCGAUAUGACGACCGAUAUGACGAUCGAUAUGACGAUGAAGAGGACUCGGAAAAUGACUACGGCUCCUUUGACGAGGGUGAAUUCGAGAUGGUAUCCUCGAUGCGGCGCGGCCCUGGGUCGGUGGCGCGGCCAUCGCGCGCGGCAUCUCGAAGACCGCCGGACAUUCGCAAGAUCCGAGUCAAGGUGCACGCAGACGACGUGAGAUACAUCAUGAUUGGCACGACGAUUGAGUUUUCCGACUUUGUGGAUCGCAUCCGCGACAAGUUUGGCCUGCGAAAGCGGUUCAAGAUCAAGAUGAAGGACGAAGACGUGCCGGACGACAUGAUUACGAUGGGCGACCAGGACGAUUUGGACGUGGCCAUCCAGAGCGCAAAGAGCUCUGCAAGGAGACAGAAGCUGGACACUGGCAAAAUGGAGAUUUGGGUCAUUGAGGUUUAG